GUACACUAAUACAGAGCAGACUAGGUUGUCUAAAACAUAGUUGUACAUCGUCUACAUAAAAGGCAACGAUAACGGUAAAGAAGCAUAACUGAUAGUUGACACUGACGUUUAUUGUUUUGAUUGGAUAUUUUCUCAUGAUCUCUCGUAUUCAUUAAAAGUUCUAAAGUUAUGUGAACAUCUGUCAGCGUUGAGUGGAGCUUUAAAAAAAUUUUACAAAAUUUUUGUUUCAAAUAUGUUAAACCUUAUGUAACUAAAUGUGUUCGCGUGAAAACCUAUAAAAAUGAUUGAACUUGAGUUAAAAGGACCAAUUUUCACAGAUAGGUGAAAAAUAAUGGAAGAAUAUGAAGAUGAAUCAGAUAUUAACGAACAAAUUUUUCAUAAUAACGUUAGAGAGCAAAUUAUUUUCCUUUUACUCUUCAUCCUCCUCUACCUGUUGAGUUUCGCGACGCUAUGUAGAUUCAAGCGUAAAGGUAGAGAAGAUUAUUUUAGUACCGACGAAGAUGAAAUUACCGUAUACAGGAUCAGUACGUGGUUGUGUUCUUUCUCUUUGGCCGUAUCUAUAUUGGCGGUACUCUUAUUGCCAAUAUCGAUCGUUUCAAAUGAAGUAUUGGUAAAUUAUCCCAACAGUUAUUAUAUAAAAUGGUUAAAUUCGUCACUUAUCCAAGGUCUAUGGAAUUACGUUUUUCUAUUUUCAAAUCUCUCUUUAUUUAUUGCUUUACCCUUCGCUUACCUAUUCACCGAAUCCGAAGGGUUUUUCGGUCAUCGCAAAGGACUGAUGGCUAGAGUUUACGAAACUUUCACCGUCCUCACUUUAUUAGGGCUAGUCGUAUUAGGAAUGACUUAUGUGAUAGCUGCGCUUAUAGAUAAAGACAAAUCCAGCAUUCAAACUAUUUUAAGUUUCUGGACUUAUUAUUUGCCAUUUUUGUAUUCCUGUAUAUCUUUUUUUGGGGUAUUGAUGUUAUUAGUGUGCACCCCUCUUGGUUUCGUCAGACUGUUCGAUGUUGUCGGUCAGUUUCUCGUCAAACCUCAGUUCCUUCGAGAUCUCAACGAAGAAUAUUUCGCUUGCGCCUUAGAAGAAGAAUCUCUACGUAGGAGAUUCAAACAAGCUCAAAAGACUGGCAAAUCGUACGUCGAUCCUGCUCCGAUGGCGUUGGAAUCGGAAGUACCGAUAAAGGACAUCGAUUACGAAUUACCAACUAACUUAUUAAGAUUAAAAAACGGAGAGUUACAAUUUGGUUUGGGUAAAAGACUGAAAGAAAUUGAGAAUAGGAGAAGCGUAUUGGAUAAACAGAGGCAGACGUCUUCUUUUAGAAGGAACGUCGUUUAUCCCGUUGCAAUGUUACUUCUUCUCGGUUUAACCAUUAUAGCGGUUCUUCUGGUAGUACAAAACACUUUAUCGCUACUUAUAGGGAUCAAAGCUUUACCCAUUAGCUCAAAGCAAUUUACUCUAGGAGUAAGUUCUUUAUCGAAGCUUGGUUUAUAUGGAGCCUCGUUGGAAAUACUAUUGAUAAUUUAUUUAAUAGUUACUUCGUCAAUAGGACUUUAUACCGCCCCUUGUAUGAAAAAAUUUAGACCGAAGCCUAAAAGUACACCGUUUAGCCUCGUUAUUGGAAACUGCGCUUUGCUCGUCGUUAUUAGUUCGGCUUUACCGUUAUUAUCGAAAAUUCUAGGUAUAACAAAUUUCGAUCUAUUAGGAGACUUCGGAAGCAUAGAAUGGUUGGGAAAUUUCAAAAUCGUACUUUUGUAUAAUUUGCUCUUCGCUACUGCUUCCACCCUUUGCGUCGUUAACAAAUUUACGGCGAAAGUUCGUCGCGAACUAUACAACCGGUUAGUUGAGAAUUAUCUGUUUCUUGCUAACUGCGUCUCAUUCAUCAACUAAUACAUCAACAAUAAUUGUGAAGAACAAAAAAAAAUUCCUCGAAUCAAAAGUUGUCCAACAUCAACAAAAUCACGAAUUUCCGGUUGGAUAAUUUUUGUUCCGGGAGUAAAUUUUUCGGUUACGGUUUGAAAAAUCAUUUGCAUCAUCAUUUAUUUAUGAACAUCCUGUUCCGGAACGUGCUUUUGCACUUUUCUGUUUGUACGGUUGAUAAUUUUUUAAAAAUCUUGUAAAACGAACCGUUUUUUUAUUUUUCAUAUUGUAUCAAUUUUUAUUUUAAAAUUCGAUCACUCUAAACUAAUAAGACUGACUAUGUAUAUAAAGAUUGGCUUGAAUAAUUACAAGAUCGAUUUAUAAGUUGGAAAAAAAAUCGAUGUUAAAAACGUUGUUUUUUUUAUUAGAUUUAAAUAUUUACAAUGUUUAUUUAUUUACACAGGUCAACAAAAUCAACAAAAAAUUUAUAUAAGACAUUUUUUUAUUAAUUCCAUAGUUUUCAAAAUGAUUUUUCAUUUUUUUGUGAGAUGUACUGUAUACAAUGGAAUAAUUAGUACGAUUUGUAUUUACCUCGAGGUAUUUGUGUAUGGGUAUGUUAAAUCCUUGUUGGAGCUUUAAAAAUUGAUCCGAUUGUGUGAUUUAUAUCCUUAAAAUGUUUUUUUUUUUCAUUAAUUUAUUGAAUAUUUUAUGUCAAAUAUAUGAAAAAAAUUUAAAUGAUUAUUUUUCCAAAUGUUGAAUUGAGACUUUUUGUUCUAUUUCAUCCAUUUUUCCAAUAUUUUCCAUCACUGUCCAUGUCUUUCAAAUUUUGCUUUAAAUUUUUUGUUUUGUUUGCUCUAUUUGCUCAAUCUAUUGGAUUAUUUUGUCUUAAUUUCUUUCUUUUCUGUCCCUGACAAGUACUUGAAGAAUUUACCUUAAUUUCAUUUUGUUUUUUCUAUUAUAUGGAAAAUAUCCAAAGAAUAACUCGAAGGAAUCUUUUCGUGUAUCGGAUUGAUACUUUUUACUCUGUAUUACUCAAUCUGUCAGUUUCUUCAAGAUUUUGACCUAAAUUUUUUGUUUUUUGCUCUAUUUGCUCAAUUUAUUGAAUUCUAUGGUCUUAAUUUUUUUGUUUUCUAUCCCUGACAAGUACUUGAAGAAUUUAUCCUUAAUUUCAUCUAGUUUUCUCCAUUAUAUGGAAAAUAUCCAAAGAAUAACUCUAAGGAAUCUUUUUGGAUAUCGAAUUGAGACUUUUCGUUAUGUUUCAUCCAUUUUUUCCAAUACUUUCUGGUCUCAGCAAGUACUUGAAGAAUUAAUCCACAAUUUCUUUUCUUCAUAGUAGAAUAGUGGACAGUCAAAGCCUAUUAAGCAGAUAGGCCUUCUGGUAGUCCUAUUGUGUCAAUUUCUUGUCUUAUUUUCACUAUAUAUCCGAAGAAUAACUCGAAGAACUUGAAUAAUUUAUCCUUAAUUUCAUCUUUUCCAAUAUUUUCUGGUCUCUAUCCUUGUUUUACUCCUUUUCUUUCAUUACAAAGUAAUUUAAUAAUCUUUAACUAUAUUUAAUAUCUUACUGUUUUGUAUCUGAUUUUUAUCACUUUUAUUGCUAUUUCGAUAUUUUUCAUAUUUUAUUUCUUAAUACUGUGUAAAAAGUCUUCUUCGGAUCUAAGACUCUCAGUUAUAUUUCUUCUCCUUAUCAUAUUCUUUUUGUUUGUUUUGCUUUCGUUCCAACUUGUGCUCUUGUUUUCCUUCUUUGUCCCACUACUGGUAUAGUGGGACAAACUUCCAGUUUGUAAACCUUUCAACUCUAUUUUGAUUAUUUAAUUUAUUCUCUCCGCUCAUUCUUUUUAUAUUUUCUUGUUUCCAUAACAUCUCCAGUUUUUAUUUUCAUUUAUUAUUUAUAUUCUUCUUGUUUUGCCAGAAAUGUUCUGUUCCCUAUUUUUAUUUUUCCUCCAACUUUUUCUUUAUCUUUUUACACUAUUUCUUCUCCUCUUUCUAUUUGUUUUGUUUAUAAUUGAUACUUUUUUUACUCAUACUCUAUCUAUAUUUCUGCAAUUUCAUAAAUCGUUUAUUUUCACUCUUUUUCGUGUGUUAUUUCCAUUCGUAAUAUAUUUUUUACUUUUGGGUGUUUCUACUAGUUUUUCGUGACUCUUUCUCUCUUAAUAUUUAUUUUUCCAUAUAGUCUUCGUAUUAUAUUUUAUAGAACUUCUUAUUUAUCAUCUACUGCCUGUACUACUAAUUUAUUCUUAAUUUCGUUUUAUUUAAUUCAUUAUUUUCUUUCGCUCUUCAAUUUUCCUCCUCAUCUUCAGUUAUCAUCUUUCUAUUCUGAAUUAUUUGUCGAUUUUUUUUACUUUUCUGUUUAUUUUAUUUUUUCAUGUAGUAAACAGGAUUUUUUUCUAUCCCUUCCACAUUAACAUCAUGUACAAAUAUUUUAAAAAAAAAUUUUUCCAUAGUUGACCUGUGAUGUUAUUUGAAUUUUUUAUUUAUUAUGUAUUUACCUAAAAGACUUGGUAAUUAUAAAUAUAAUAAUGUUUUAUAAUUUUUUAUUUUCACUUAUUUUUCUCAAUUAGGUUAUCCCUUACUUCAUUCGAACGUACUGUAUAUACAGUGUGUGUCAAAAUUAGUAAUGUAUCGGAAUCAUUCGAAGACAUAUUCCAUAUCAAUUUAUGUAUACAUGUAUAUAUAUAUAUUAACAUUUUUAUUCAAAAAAAAUAAAUAAUUUAAAAAAAAAUGAUUGAUGAAAAUUAUUGUCUAAAAUUUUUGAUUAAACUUUCCACAAAUUAUCAAGUGUCACUUAUCUACGUCACCAAAGUACAAAAAUUGAAUUUAAUUAAUAAAUUUUUUAAUAUUUAUUUUUAUUUCCAAUUUUGAUGAAUAUAUAGAGGUAGUUUAUGUAGAUUUGGGGUUGUAUCAUCUCUAUAUAAAACAGAUUUGGUAUAAAUGUGAAAUUUUUUUGUUGUUAUACUGAAAAACGUUUUAACUUACUUAAAAUAAAUUUUUUUAGUUUAUUUCCGAAAAAUAUAUUUAAAAAAUAAUUUGUAUCAAUCAAAAAAUGUCAAACGGUAUCAUUUUGACAUGUUAUAUCGAAAUUCAUCUGAAUUUUGAAUAUACAAGGUGUUCUAUUAAAAAAAAAAAUAAAGUAUAGUAUUAUACAUAUCGAGUACAGUGUUUGAAAUAGCAACCUCAAAUCAGUUUAUUUUCGAAAAGUAUUUUGAAAAAAUGAAAUAUGGUUUAGAUAUAAUUGAAAUUUGAAAUAAUAGUCCAAUUAGGUGAACUGAAUAUUCUAAGAAUCAUUCCGAACCCUACCAAUUGCACUUUUUAGCUUCAGAAAUUGGAAUUUUUUCUGAAAAUUCGUGAAAAUCACACAAAAAGAUUUCGUUUGUCGUAUUUAUCUCGAUAAGGGUAAUGAUUUUCAAAAAAAAACUAUCGGGCAGCAGUUGUAUGUUGAAUUUCUGCAAAUAUGUCUUUGAUCGUAGGUUUUCGUGAAGCUUUCUUGAGAUAUAUCGUAUUAUUUCGAGAUAUUAUCGAUUUUCACAAUUUUUCUGGAAAAUUUUCACUUGUUCAACCCGACAUUUGACAUACGGGUUAGUUUUUUGAUUAUUUAGCCAAGUCAAUAGGACUAAAAUGACAUUUUGUUUACAAUUGAAAAUAUUUUUAGUUUAUAAAGUACUAAAAUGUAAUUAGUUUAUCAAAAAAAUAAUAAUAUAACUCUACUUAUUUUACAAAAAUACUCAAUUUUGGAAUUCAGCAACGUUUUAAAAAAAUUUUCAAAAAUUUCAUUUCUUGUUCCAAAUAACAAAGCUUUUUUGCGUUUUCUUUUUCAAAAUCACUUAUUACUAACAUCCUACCAUCGGUGUGUUGUGGCGUAUUUUUUUCUGUUUGAAAAAAUUUCAGUCCAACAUUUUUUAUACAGAAUAAUGGUUUUUUUGGAUAUAAAAAUUGAACACCCCCAGUCUGUUUCAAGCACUCCACCACCGUCUAUACAAAAAUGUGAAUAGAAGAUGUUGGAACAAUGAAAAAAAAUCAAUUUUAUAUUUCAAUCCCAAAUUCAUUUUAUUUAAAUAAAAAAAUAAAAUUUGAACAUAUUAAAAA